ACCAACAUCAUGGCACGUAUGAUGUUGGCGAAAUGUAGUCAAAAUGGAUAGCAUUGCCGGGGAAGAAAAGAAUGAACAAGAUGGCGAAGCUAGUACGAGUCAGUCUGUCAUCACCAACCAAAAUGAUAUAUGGCCAGACAAGCUGAUCCAAUCGAUGCUUGUCGAUACAGCGGGGGACAAGUCUGGUCAAGGAUACGACAUAAUUAAGAAGUUCAUGGGUAACACAAGCUAUGAUGCAGAUGCUACUUCAGACGAUGAUGACGAAGAAAGCGAGGACACUGAAGGAGAAAUACAACACUUGCUGGAAAUGCGAAAGGCGGUCAGCGAUUUACUCAUCAAUAACGAGAAAUACUCUGACGCACUAAAGCUCGCAUUCUCGCAAGUACGACUAGCGAUUGAAGAGGCAAAGAAUCUCAAGCAAUAUCUUGACCAUGCCGACAGCUUGUCCGAACAUCUUUCUCGCGGUGCUUCGAUUCCUGUUCAUUCAGAGAAGAUCAAGCUCCCACUAUUCCCAGACAUCUAUCAAGAAAUUCCGCGAAUUGCAUAUCAGGCAAAAGAGGUAGAAGAUCUUCGGAUAUCGCUGUCGUCUUUUGAAUGGUCAGAAAAGGAUGUGAAACGACUCAAAGAGGUUGUAUUGAAGCAAUGCAAAAAGAUUGCGGCUAUUCAAAUGACAGAAGACGGCAAUGAAGAAGACAUCUUUGAGACUAUCCGGCAAACGUCCGAUGAAGACUUGUUGCAGCAUGCGAUCCCAUCCUUGGGUGAAGAUAUAGUAGACUGGACCCUCAUUGCGCGUGAGUUGGGCGAAACGCAUACACCAGAAAGUUGUCGAACUCGAUGGCUAAUGAAAGAGCGACCUGGUUUGAAUAAGAAGGAUUGGACACAAGAUGAGCUUGUCAAAUUGCAGACAUCAGUCCAAAAGCACAAGAGCACCGGGCAAGGAUCAGAUUGGGAGGCAAUUUCACGCGAUGCCGGGAAUGGAAGACUGGCCAUUGAUUGCCUGUCCGCUUGGCAGAAGAAUGACUUUGUGGAUCAGGAUGGUGAUGCAGCGAGCCUUACCUCACAAGAGAAGGAACAAAUUGAAAGUCUAUUUGAGGUAUGGGGCGCUCGGUCUGCCUUGAUCCGGGAACAUCUCCCAACAAUCCGGAAGAGAUCUGCGAUAGAUACUUACAUUGCUCAAUUGCAAUCGGAACGACAGAAAGCGCCUGAUAUGUGGUUGAUCGAAUCAGAUGUAGAACUGGUACGUCAUCUGGCCCGGAGCGUAAAGUCUACAAGACAGGUGAUUCUACGUGACCCUUGGCGGGUGAAAGAGGUUGAUUGGGAUGCGCAUUUCCCAAUGAAGCCUCGCGGUGUAUCCUCUGAUGAAGUCAGACAUAGAUGGGAGAGGAUUGUGAGGGAUAGCAAGGUUCAUCCGCAGAAGUAUUAUGAUUUGCCAAAACGUACAGCAGAGGAUGAAGUGCUUUCAAGUCCGAAAAAGCGGAGAGGUCGGCCUCCAAAGAAGAUUUCAGCCAACUGAGAAAAAUAACACGAUCACAUUUACAUGAGAGCACGGAUAUGUAAGGGAGCAUAUCUACGAAUAAACAUCACCAGCCAAAGAAGUAGCAAUGGUGAAAGUGGUGUAUGUCAAAGUCUAUGUACAGUAUCAAUAUAUUUGCAAACGAUGAAUGUUGGUAUGGUGCAGAUUAAGCACUGUGGUAUUGCACCAUAUUUCCGCUUCUAUGAUAUUUUUCUUGUAAUUGUCUUGAGUAUUGACGAACAAUGUGGAUCAG